AUGGAAGAGCACGCCCGCGAUCGUCCGACAUGGAGGAGAACAGUGAAGACGGGCGCUGCUAUCCACGAAGCCAACCGCACCGCCGCCGCCAAAGCGAAACGUGAAGCCCGCAAAUCCCAACUGCGCCCAGUCCGCAACGCCGCCGCGCAACCGCUUCCAACGUGUCCUCGAUGCCAGCGGACAUUCCGGGCUGGAAUCGGCCUUGUUGGACAUCUUCCGAUCAACUGUACAUCUCGGACCACACCAGCAGCCGUCCUUCCACCUGUCUCUUCCUCGUCCUCUCUGCCGCCAACUAACUCUGUGAAUUCUUCUGAACCACCACUUCCAUCCUCCUCCUCCUCCUCCUCCUCCUCCUCCUCCUCCACUGUCCCAACGACGGCCGCUCAGGCGUCUGUCGCGCACGACAUCACCGCAGACAUACCUGACACAACAACAGGCAUAACCCCUGCAACCUUUGUCUUCAGAGGUGAGGACCAGGACUACACCUGCCCUCACUGCGAUCACACCUUCACUUCACGCAUCGGCCCGGUCGGUCACUUGCGAAUCCAUCGCACAGAGACUGGUGAACCAGUGCCUGGAGCACCAACUCACACCCACCGCAUUCACCUCCACUGCCCAUACUGCCCCCGAACCUUCACGCAUCGCAUGGGUCUAUUCGGCCACAUGCGUAUUCACAAAAGCGGAAUUGACCACAAUUCCGACACACCCACCACAUUCAACACAUCCACCAUGCCCAGCCCCACCGUCGUUCCAUCGCCAUACGCGCCCAUCACCACCAGCACCACCGCUUCAUCUGCAGCUGACAUCGGCAUCGCCGAACUCUCAUGCCCACACUACCCACGCACGUUCACCUCACGCAUCGGCCUGGUCGGUCGCUUGCGAAUCCAUCGCACAGAGACUGGAGCACCAGUGCCUGGGGCACCAACCUAUACCCACCAAGCUCGUCCCAACUGCCCACACUGCCCUCGCACUUUCAGGCAUCGCAUGGGCCUAUUCGGCCACAUGCGCAUCCACGACGACCUGCGGUAG